CCACAUUAUUUGUUCUCCAAACCAGCAAUGAGCUCCUACAACAGCCGUGCUUUGGGGAUUUCCCAAAGUGGAGGGUCCAUACGGGGUUUAGGUGGAAUGACCCGCACCUCUUUAAUUGGUGGGGGCGGUGGAGGUAUGCGUGCAGGCAGUGUGUAUGGAGGUGCAGGGGGGUCCGGGGUUCGAAUCUCCACUGCGUCAAGCACCUUUUCAUCUGGUGGCGGAGGAGGCUACGGUUUUGGUGGUGGAGCACGUUCUGGUUUUGGUGGGGGAGCGGGCUACAGUUUUGGUGGUGGGGCAGGCUCUGGUUUUGGUGGGGGAGCAGGCUUCGGUGGGGGCUUCGGAGGAGAUGAUGCGGAUUCCGGUGGCUUCAACGAGAAAGCAACCAUGCAGAACCUUAAUGACCGUCUGAGCUCGUACCUGGAGAAGGUACGCUCUCUGGAGAAGGCCAAUGCUGAGUUUGAGCUGAAGAUCAGACAGUUUCUGGAGAACAAAACUUCACCUCAAGCAAGAGAUUACUCUGCAUACUAUGAGACAAUCAAGCAAUUGCAGGAUAAGAUCCUGUCUGCCACCUGUGCGAAUGGAGGAGUUUACCUGGCCGUUGAUAAUGCAAAAUUGGCAGCUGAUGACUUUAGAACCAAGUAUGAGAACGAGUUGUCCAUGCGUCAGUCUGUGGAAGCAGAUAUCGCUGGACUGAAGAGGCUCCUGGAUGAGCUAACAUUGGCAAGGUCUGACCUGGAGAUGCAGAUUGAGGGCCUGAAAGAGGAACUCAUCUUCCUCAAGAAGAACCAUGAAGAGGAACUGGCAUCCAUGCGCAAUCAAAUGAGCGGUUCGGUGAAUGUGGAGGUGGAUGCAGCUCCUCAGGAAGAUCUGAGUCGUGUGAUGGCUGAGAUCCGUGAGCAGUACGAGGCUGUCGCUGCCAAAAACAAGCGUGACCUCGAAGCCUGGUUCCAAACUAAGUCAGAGACGCUCAUUAAGGAAGUUGCAGCGAGUACAGAAACUAUACAAGCAACCAAGACAGAAAGCACUGAGCUCAGACGCACUCUUCAAGGCCUGGAGAUGGAGCUGGAGGCUGAACUCAAUAGGAAAAAAUCACUUGAGGCAACUCUUGCGGACACUAAUGCCCGGUACUCCGCAAAACUGAAUGGCAUGCAAGGUCAAGUAGCAAGUUUGGAGGAACAGAUUUCUCGUCUCAAAGUUGACAUAGACAGACAGUCGCAGGAGUACAACAUGCUGCUGGACAUCAAGGCCCGACUGGAGCAGGAGAUUGCAGAGUACAGAAGACUGCUGGAUGGCGAAGCAAGCAGCAGCAGCACAACAACUAGCAAAACUUCCAGCACCUCUGUCAUUGUCAAGACAAUUGUGGAAAACAUUGUUGAUGGUAAAGUGGUUUCAACUUCUGCAAAUUAAACUCCUAAACCCAUCAGACUCUGCUGUCCAUCUACAGCUGUCACAUGAGUCUUCAGGCCUUCUGAUGCACUUCUGUUACAAAUAAAAUCAAUGAUGACACAACACAA